ACGAACCGGCUCGCCGUCCACGCGCUGAAUUACCAUCCCUGCUCAACAGUCACCAUAUUAAAUCCCUCUCAUCUCCAUAUCCCAGACCCAUCUCUCUCUCUCUCUCUCUCUCUCUCUCUCUCUCUCCAAGACCAUUUACCCCCAACGGUCACAUUUUUCAAACUCCAGCGGCAUGCCUCUUCCCCCUCCCCCUCCUCCUCCCUCUCCCCAUGGCGAAGCGACCCCCCACCUCCACCCCCACCUGCUUCGUCACCUUCUCCCGCAUCUUCCAACUCUGCGCCGAGGCCCGCGCCCACCGCCUCGGCCGCGCCGCCCACGCACGCAUGCUCACGUCGAGAUUCGCGCCCACCACCUUCGUCUCCAACUGCCUCCUCCACAUGUACGCGCGCUGCGCCGACCUCGACCACGCCCGCAAGGUGUUCGACCGAAUCCCCCACCGAGACCUCGUCUCCUACAACGCCAUGAUCGCAGCCUACGUGCAUGACCGUUCCAUGCCGCGCGCGCGGCUCCUGUUCGACGAAAUGCCUCAACGAGAUGUUAUCUCCUGGAACUCGGUUAUAUCAGGGUAUUGCGACAAUGGGGACUUUGCUGAAUCCAUUGGGCUCUUCUCUCGAAUGGGUCAUUGUCGGAUUGACCCAGAUCGGACCACCUUCGCCAUUGCGCUCAAAGCGUGCGCUGGGAUGGAGGAUUUGGAUGUUGGUGCUCAGUUGCAUGGGUUGGUGGCGAAGUUGGGUUUCGAUGUUGAUGUCAUGGUGGGGAGUGCUCUUGUUGAUGCGUAUGCUAAGUGUAGGUGCUUGCAUUAUUCGCUUCAGUUGUUCGACGAAAUGCCCGAGAGGAACUGGGUCUCGUGGAGUGCAGUGAUUGCGGGUUGCGUUCGGAAUGAGCAGUACAUUGAUGGACUCGAACUGUUUGUAGAGAUGCAGAGGUUAGGUUUUGGCGUGAGCCAAUCGGCGUACGCCAGUGUUUUCAGAUCGUGCGCGGGGUUGUGCUCUUUGCAUUUAGGAAGCCAGUUUCAUACGCAUGCUUUGAAGAACAACUUUAGUUCGGAUACCGUGGUUGGGACGGCGAUUGUGGAUAUGUACGGAAAGUGCAAUAGCAUAAAUGAUGCUAUGAGCGCAUUUCUUUUGCUGCCGAACCCUACAUUGCAGUCGUGGAACGCCAUGAUUGUCGGGUCUGCACGGAAUGAUUGUGGAUUUGAAUCCAUGGAGCUAUUUCGGCUCAUGAAUAGGUCAGGUGUUGGUUUUGAUGAGAUCAGCACAUCAGGUGUUUUUAGUGCUUGUGCCGAAGUUAAAGGAUACUUACAAGGUUCGCAAAUCCAUUGUUUGGCAAUUAAAACUAGCUUUGAAUCUGACGUUUGUGUUAAAAAUGCAAUUUUGGAUAUGUAUGGUAAGUGCAAAGCUUUGAGGGAGGCGUUUGUUGCUUUUGAUGAGAUGGGUCGAAGAGAUGCGGUCUCUUGGAAUGCUUUUAUUACUGCUCUUGAGCAGAAUGAACAAUAUGAUGAUACCUUAUUGCAUUUUAAAGAGAUGUUACAAUACAAUAUGGAACCUGAUGAGUUCACUUAUGGUAGUGUCGUUAAAGCUUGUGCGGGAUUGGGAUCAUUGGAUUAUGGAAUGAUGGUCCAUGACAAGAUUAUUAAGUCAGGUCUAGGUUUUGAUUCGUUUGUAGGGAGUGCUCUUGUUGAUAUGUAUUGCAAGUGUGGGAUGAUGGAAGAAGCACAAAAGCUUCAUUUAAGGAUAGGUAAACGGUCAUUGGUAUCAUGGAAUGCCCUAAUUUCAGGUUUUUCGUUCCAUAAAGAAAGUGAGGAAGCUCAAAAGUGCUUCUCUGAGAUGCUCGAUUUGGGCUUGAAGCCCGACAAUUUUACAUAUGCCACUAUCCUUGAUACAUGCGCUAAUUUGGCCACUGCUGGGCUCGGUAAACAGAUUCAUGCGCAGAUCAUAAAGCAAGAGAUGCAAAGAGAUGUUUACAUAUCUAGUACCGUCGUCGACAUGUAUGCCAAGUGCGGUAACAUGCAUGACUCUCUACUGAUGUUUGAGAAGAUGCAUGAAAGGGACUACGUCACAUGGAAUGCCAUGAUAUGUGGUUUUGCUAUGCAUGGCCAUGGUGAGGAGGCAAUUGGAAUGUUCGAGAAGAUGGAAUUGGCGAACGUGAGGCCAAACCAUGCCACAUUCAUAGCAGUUCUUCGAGCAUGUGGCCACGUCGGGUUGUUUGAUGAGGGCAUGCGUUAUUUUCGAUUGAUGACCCAUCGCUAUAAAUUGGAACCACAGUUGGAGCAUUUCGCGUGCAUGGUGGAUAUAGCAGGCCGAUCAAAGGGCCCUUACAAUGCCCUAAAUCUUAUUAAUGAAAUGCCAUUCGAAGCUGAUGCAGUUAUAUGGAGAACUCUUUUAACUGUCUGCAAGAUUCACCAAAACGUCGAGGUGGCAGAGUUAGCGGCCAAUAAACUACUACUGAUUGAGCCUGAUGAUUCUGCGGCAUAUAUUUUAUUAUCGAAUAUCUAUGCAGAAUCUGGAAAAUGGGCUGAGGUUUCGAAGAUGAGGAGGAUAUUGAGGCAAGCUAAAUUGAAGAAGGAACCAGGGUGUAGUUGGAUUGAAGUGAAGAGUGAGAUGCAUGCUUUUCUUGUGGGAGACAAGGCUCACCCAAAAUGUAGUGAGAUAUAUGAAAUGUUGGAUGAGCUAAUUGGUGAGAUGACAUGGGCUGGGUACGAGCCUUUGUCGGAUUCUCUAAUUGAUGAUAAGAAAGAGGAGGGCGGAGAUCAGCAGGAAUUUCUCGGAGUUUGCAGCAGUUAGGCUCCUGGAACAGUUCUUUCAGCCUAAAAAGAGGCAGAUAUGUGUCUCUCAGAUUGAGAGGUUUGGCGCUUUUAUUGUUCAGGAAAUUGAGAUAGGCUUCUGAGUUCCAAAAGAAGAAGCCGCACUUUGAAGGCUCUAUUUCUGCUACAGCGGGAAGCUAUUUGGGACGGGAGUGGGAGUUACUAAUGAAAAAGUUGGUCAUGCUUGUUCGAAUAGCUUUACUCAAAAGCACUUCUGCAGAAGCUCUAACCAGGCAAUAAAGCCCCUAAGCUGCCUCUAUCGCCGGCUGUGAUUUUGCGAGUAGAUAAUUGGUGCCAUUCAUUAGUUAUCUCCAUAAUAGAGGUGCCAAACUGGAGGCAUGAAACGAUUGUUAUAUCAUGUUAUAGGCAGUUAAAGACCGUUUAAAGGCACACAUUUUCUUCUGGAGUUUGUAGAUAUUCAGCGAAAAUCAGUUGGCUACAACAAAUAUGCCUUCGCUUGCGUCAGCUACAAAACAACAAAAAAAAGGUACAUACUGAUCAUCAUCGUACACCAGCUGAUAUCUGUAGACAGAGAAUUUACUCAUUAGUUUUACAAUUUAUUAGAUAACCGUAGGCAAAUUCUUUUGAAGGAAUUUGUACAGCUAAUAAUCUUUGAGUCGGGACCAUUUAUUUGAUAAGCCUUAUUAUGCCAUGUGCUUAAUGCUUUAAGCUCA